CUGGAAAAAUUAAAAAUACGAAACCACCUUAAUCCAAUAUUUUACGUUUUAUAUAACCUGGAAAUGCACACAGUAAUCGCAAUACAUAUAUAGCAGUUAUAGAGGAAUCUACAUUGACAUUAUUGGAGAAAGCUAGCGUAAAGGAGGAAAAUAACUGAUAUAAAACUGCUGGCAGUGAAUAUAAACGCAACGACUAAAUAUAACGUUUGAUUCACUCAGUGUAGCUAGGUGUGUGUCUUUAAUGUUCAAGACAGAACUUAUUUAUAUCAAUUGGUAUAUUUAUAUAUUUUGGACAUCUUUACAUGAUCCUAUUGGAUUGCUACUUUAAUACUUGGACAUUCGUAUCGAUGUGUUAUCUAAGAUGUUUAAAUACAAAAUACGGCACCAUUGAAAGCAGACUUGAAAUCUAGAGACUAGAAGCAUAUCUAUAUAGAUGUUACGGAAAUGGAAUGUUGCUAGAACUGACACUCACUGGGAAUUAUAAAUCAUUAAAUCCUUUCUGACAAUAUUAUUCUUUCUGUAAAUUGCAAGUAAAUCGAUUAGUAGAUCGCUAGCUUGCUUCUGAAUAGAAAUUGUUACCUUGUUUCCAUCUAAACUGUGCAAUAAAACAAGUUGUGUGUGAUUAAAACGUCUGGAGGCUUUUAGAAAAGAGCUUUAUCCAAAAAAAAAUCUGAAAUAUACACUAUGACAUUUUCGGAUAACUGUUGACUCUCAUCGUGGACAAAAAAGUAACAACAUGAUGUUGUUUACCAUUUUUGAUGCGGAUCAUUUUAAUUUGCUCUUAUCAUAAUUAAAUUGUGAACAAUGAUUCGUUAUCCAGCGGAGUAUAUUGCAUUGGUUUGUUUUCUGCUUGUUGGCGAGGUCAUUGUUGGACUAACUCUGAAUUUAUAUAUCAUGAUUCGCUGGUACAGUGACACCGCACGAAAAGCUAAAAAUAGAAAGAAUGGCAACAACUUUAUCGUUACGCUCAAAUUCAUGGACUUAUUUAUUUGUGGUACAGCAAUUCCAUUUGCAUUUGCUGUGCUUAUAGUAGACAGUGAUCAUAAUUUAGUGGUUUGUUUUAUCAAGGAAGGCCUUGUAAUGUUUGCAAGUUCAGGGAGCUCAUUCUGUGUUUUGCUCAUUAGUGUCGACAGAUAUAUAGCCAUUGUUUGGCCAACCAAAAAUUUAUUAACAGCGGGUAGAAUUUUAUUUUGUAGAGUUUUUGCGGUGCUAUUUGCUUUGAUUGGAUUAAUCCUUCCAUCUUUAAGCCUGUUAAUGGGAUUGUAUACCAACGCAUAUAGUCAAAGUAAAAACAUCCUUCCAUGCAGACACGUAGUUUGGAUUUUCAAACCAAAUUAUUUAUAUGAGGUAUACUACAUAAUUUCCUUCCUUAUCGCUGUGAUAACAACUUUUAUAUGUUACCAUUAUGUGCUUAAAGUCGUUCGACGCCGUAUGUUAUUACGAUCAACGACAGUCUCGUCAACAUCGGCAGCAGCUCAAAAAGAUAAAUCGUAUGCUGAAAGAUUUCGAAGACAGGAAUAUAAAGCGACUCGUGUGGCUUUUGCAGUGGUUGUAUCGUUUCUUGUUUGUUGGGGUCCCCAUGUUAUUAUUACUGUGAUACAAUUAACUUUAGUAGAAAAUAUAAUAGUUGAUAUGAUUCAGUCUGUAUGUUUAGUUUUUGCUUUUUUGGCACCAAUCAUUCAUCCUGUGAUAUAUACAUAUGAAACCAACGACAGAAGAAAAACUUUUUCAAUGACAAAUAUACCAAUUUGUGGGGCGUGGUUUAAAGGUGGUAGUCGUGUGACGCCGGAACAAACAAAUGUGGAAAGUAUGAAAAUAAGUAGUCGCGUGUUACCAAAUACAUCUAGAAUUGAUAGUGUUAUUUGCACCAGAUCUUCACCUGUUCAGCGUGUAAAAAAGGGCCAGGUAAAGAUAUCGAGUCAGUCAAAUACUGAAAGUGGUAGCAGUGGUCAUUUAAAUGUCAUAUGUGACAAAACAAACUACGACAUAUCGUGUGAAACAACUUCAAUAACGGUCAGAAAAACCGCUGAUGAAGUAUCAGAACAUGACGUUUAAGAAAGAUAUAUAUUUUGUAAGUCCUGAAAAAAAAAAUUAUAUAUAUUUCUGAUAUAAACGCACAAUAUUGUUUUUAGAAUAUCAAAUUUUUACAACGAUACUUGAUCUCUCAUUCUAUGAACAUUUUAAUAAAACACCUCUUUGAAUUAUAUAAGGAUGAAACAUCAUGCGUUCAAGGACGGUAUUUUAAAUUAUGUAAAAAUUUAGAUUAUUACGUUAGUGUACCAAUAUCAAUAUUACAGAAUGUCAGCCAUGUUAUUAUUGUACUGAGAACAAAUGUGUUAUUGAUGCUAUCUCGCAUUGGUUUCUGUUUUAUCAUUGUUUGUUACUAACAGAAAACUAAAUGUUAAUAUUUAAUAGAUAGGGGAUCCCUACAGUGCCGAGUGAUAAAUACCAAGCAUUAGCGUUGUUAACGUAUAUUCAUAACAUGUCUUGGCAGACUAGUGUCUCUUGAACAGCUCUAACAUAACAUGAUUAAUUUCAAACAAAUGAAAAUAUAUGUAUUUCAUACAACCGAGGUUUUUGUUUUAUUCUUUACUCAUGAAUUGCAUAGCAUAUAUUUUUUAUGUUUAAGAAUAUGAAUUUGUAAGGAAAUUCUUACAAAACAUUAUUUUAUGACUAAAAUACAAACUUGAUAGCUCUAGAUAAUAGAGUAAAAUAUUAAUUUGGUACUUAGUAAUAAUACGUGUCAGAUGAUGACAUUGCAUUUGCUGUCAUAUGUCCCGAUAUGAUUGCAUCAAUAGGAAAUAAAGUUUGAACCAUAACACAUGCAAUUUAAUAAACAAUGAUACUUGUCAUGGGAAUAUAAACUAAAUUGAAAUUAUAAACUUUACAGACGACUGAUUGUAGCAUUCGAAUGUGCAGUCUGCUUGGAAUUAAGUUUUAACAAUAAACACAUAUCAAUUCUCGUUUAUUGUUUUUCAUUAAGGUCAGGAAAACUGGCUGCAUAUAACUGUCAAUGCUAUUUCCGACAUGUCUUGUUAACCACGUUGUGUACUGUUAUAAUGUUCGGUGAUGUUUUAGUAAAAUGUUAAAUAUUUUCACAGAAUUAUUUAUUGUUACAUUGAAAUAAAAGUGAAAUACUGCUC